GGGACGAGGAAGCCAUCUUGUAGUCAGAACCUGGAAUACGCAGGUUUGGUUGGACAGCCUGCUUGUGGGACAGGUUAUAGAAUUGUAAUAGCAAGGUUGCUAGUUAUUACAAUUUCGACUAAACAAUCACAGAGACUGAGAACAAUCACCGGAGCAAAUCAAGCAGGCUUAGAUAGCUAGCUAUGUAGUUCAUAUGAUAUUUCGAUGAGAUACAUAAAAUAUCUAUUGAUCCACUGAAAACGAACUGUUCCUGUGAGUGGGGAGAGAGGGUUGGUUCCACUCUGACCAGUUUGUUUAUUUCUAUUUAACGUUAGGAGUAUGAUGAGUGGCUGAUAAAUGUUGCCGAAAGCUGACAGUAGCAGUUUCGCUCUACUCUGUCUUCUCUUCGCCCUGACUCUGACAGAUCCACCACGGACAGGUCCAAGUCUUGCUCUGGCUCGACUGCUGUCAGAGCUGCGAUGUAACCCGGGGCAGUUCGCCUGCCGCAGCGGGAAGAUGCAGUGCAUCCCCAUGGCCUGGAAGUGCGAUGGCUGGACGGCCUGUGAGGACAAGAGCGAUGAGAUGGACUGCCCCUCCAUGAAGAAGGAGAGGUUUCACUACGGAAACAGCUUCGAUCAGGUGGAGGACAUCAUGGGCGUGGCUCAACCCGUGCGCUUCAACAAGAAGUGCCCCACCGGGUGGCACCACUAUGAGAAGACCGCCAGCUGCUACAAGGUGUACCUGGUCAACGAAAACUACUGGCAGGCGGUGGAGACGUGCCGGAGGGCCAACGGCUCCCUGGCCACCUUUGUCACCAACGAGGAACUGCAGUUCAUCCUGAAGAUCGAGGUGGACUUCGACGAGAACGUGUGCGAGCGCAAGGACCAGUGCAAAUUCUGGGUUGGCUAUCAGUAUGUGAUCACAAAUCAGAACCACUCCCUGGAAGGGCGAUGGGAAGUGGCAUACAGAGGAUCCAUGCAGGUCUUCUUGCCCCCAGAGGGCCUGACGAACUUCAGGGAGGCGGUGCCCAACCAAGAGAACGUCUUCUGCGCCCAGCUGCAGCGCUUCCAGAUAAAGACCAUGAACGAGCGCGGCCUGCACAGCUGGCACGCCGAGAACUGCUACAAGAAGUUCCCCUUCCUCUGCAAGAGGAGACAGACGUGUGUGGACAUCAAGGACAACGUGGUGAGCGAGGGGUACUACUUCACGCCGAAGGGGGACGACCCCUGCCUCAGCUGCACGUGUCACGACGGCGAGCCGGAGAUGUGCGUGGCGGCGCUCUGCGAGCGGCCCCAGGGCUGCCAGCACUUCCGCAAGGACCCCAAAGAGUGCUGCAAGUUCACCUGCCUGGACCCAGAAGGGAGCAGCAUCUUUGACUCCAUGGCCAGUGGAAUGCGCCUGAUCGUCAGCUGCAUUUCGUCCUUCCUCAUCCUCUCUCUGCUGCUCUUCAUGGUCCACCGAUUGAGGCAGCGGCGACGCGAGCGCAUCGAGACCCUGAUUGGAGGCAACCUGCACCACUUCAACCUGGGCCGCAGGGUGCCCGGGUUCGAUUACGGGCCGGACGGGUUCGGCACGGGCCUGACUCCCCUCCACCUGUCCGACGACGGAGAAGGGGGCGCUUUUCACUUCCAUGAGCCGCCCCCACCGUAUGCUGCCUACAAGUACCCUGAAAUUCACCACCCAGACGACCCUCCACCUCCCUACGAGGCCUCCAUCAACCAAGACACCAUCCUCUAUGUGGAUUUAGGGAGGGCUGAUGCUCUCGAAACAGACGGCGGUCAGGCAGUCGCCGAGAACGCCGGUCCCCCAGCACACCUCCCAGAGGAGAGCCCCACACUGGAACAGUCCUCGGUGGAGCACGAAGACUCCAUCGACAGCAGCUCGCUCCUGGUUGCCCCGGACACACCAACCGACGGCACCAUGACAGAGACUACUGUGGCAGGUCGCCCCAUCAACUCCUCACUGAGCACUGUCGUAUAGGGCCAAGAUACUGCCUGCGAUAGAGGCACUGCACGUAUUUCUGGCCGUUCGAGAAAAAAAAUCAGAGAAGCUUCUGGCACAUUGAUGUACAUGGAAGACGAGCAAAACGGUUUGGUUUUGAAACAAAAAAAAACACUUUUCCGUCUUUGGUUCGACUUGAACAUCAUUUUCAUGUAUGUCCUUAUACGAAUACUUUAUCAGGUGUUUUUUUUUCUCUAGAAGAGGCCAACAGAAUGCUUCACAAAUUAGGAGGGAGAAAAGUUAUGACUAGGGACUCAUUAAUGUAUUUAUUAAACUGAAUAUCGGCACUAGAACAGAUUGUCUAGAUGCACUGAAAAAUGUAGGCCACUCUGUUGAAGGUGUGGUUGAAAAUUCUCAAAGUCAGGACUCAAAAAUGCACAGGGCUUGAAACUUCAUGUCUCUGGGAGCAAAAAUGAUUUUUGGGUCAUUUCUCUGCUCUUAAUUCUUACCAUUCAGGGUGGCAAGACAAACAGUCGGGAAAAUAUUUUUUUUCCCUCUCUUCCUUAGGACACUUGCUGAAUUCCAGCAUUCAAUGAUUGCUCUGAAGUCCAACCGCACUAUGAAACUUUUUUUUAUCUUCUACAGGACAAUCCAAAUCACAGAAUCCAUGGAAAUAUAGUACAUACAGAUUUAGAUUCAGAAUUUUGGAAUAUGAAUGUUUGUGUUAAACAACUGUGUAAAGUAACUGUUGGAAAGAGGUGUAUUUCCAUCUCAGUGUUUUUCAUACCCAAUUCAACUGAAAUUUAUAUAUUUUUUAAUUAGUUACAUUUUCCAAACAUUACAAUCACAUAGUGACACUCUUAUCCAGAGUAAUUUUCCCUUUCUGUAUCACUUUAUAUGUCUUUCAUUUUGAAAGGUGGGUCAAUAUCAGUACAUUUUUCAUUACCAUUGGUCCUUUUUUUUCAAACUUUUCUGCAAAAUGCACAUGCUUUAUCUUUGGCAUAUUAUUUGGCGGUUUCAUUUUCUUGGCAAGUUUUAAACAAACGUUUUCCAGAUCACAGUUCUGUGAAGUGGGCUUCCUUUGUUUUUUGUUUGUCAUAAAAUUAAACAUUUAACAAGGUUUAGACUUGCAAGCAAAUGUAAAAAAAAAAAGAACUCACCAUAAGAAUUGCACUUCUACCAUUUCAGUGUUUGUUUUUAUACAGUGGUUUCUACAUGGUUGUGGUCAAAACGCAUAAAGCACAUUAGUAAACUUUUUGUCUUUUGAAUUGACAGCCUGCUAAGAUUUUUUGAGGUAGAAUUCAGAGUCGAUUUAGCCAUGAAGCGAUAUUGUUUCCAAAAGGGCCUGUGGGAAGACUUGACAGACACUUUAUAAAGCAUUAGGGCUAGUCGACUCAUUGGAUGCAUGCUAUAUUUAUUGUGAUACAGCCUGCAUUGUAUCACAGAAUUUCAUUUUUUUUAAGCUUAAGAAUUGUUCUGCUUUUUACUGUACUGAAAUGGCUGCAGAGCACACUGCAAAGAAAGUGCUCAGUGUGGCUGGUCAGCACAACAGGUCUGUUGCAUAAUGGAUUUCAGAUCUUUAUUACGGUUAUUUUGUUGUUUUAGUUGGGAGGGGGAUUGCUUGUUUCUAUUUCUGCAAUGACAUUCUUCAACGCAGCGCAAAAACGAAACUCAAGAAUCAUUUAAUUUUAAAAAUACUGUAUUGUUAUUGUUGGUGUUUGUUGGGGGGUAUGUGUGUUGCGGGUCUGUAUUUGUAGUUUUGGCUGAGCCUGAAGUGCAUGUUUAUGUGCACUACACAACAGACUACACAACAGAUGUUUGGAUCAUCAAGCUCUCGCUAGCUGUUGUGUAGUUUUUUAACGAUAUCGUAAAUCUGAGGAUAAAGUUUUUUAAAUAUCAUUUUUUUACAAUCAACUGAUAUGGGAAACAUGUUGUUUCAAGAAAGGUUGUGUAAUUGUUCGCUCAUGAGAAGAUACGAUUUUUAACGUUUUCCUCUGUGGGAAAUCCCAUUGUUUCAAACCACUUCCUAGGUCCAGUCACUUUUUUGCGGUGGGCGGGACUUUAACACUCAAUUCCCCUCCCUCCCCCCCAACUGCUGUAUUUUAAACUUUUUUAAGCAGUUCAUUUGUGCUCAACAUAAGCUGUAGUGGUGUAAAAAUAAUUGUUUAAAUCUACAUUUGAUUAAUUUUAUUCUCUCUUGUUUAAUUCUGUUAAUAUCAUUUUCGCUUUUACUACUGCUUUUCCCAUGGAAAUACUUUUUUUCUUUGGAAGUAGCUGUACGUGUAAUUAAACGCCAAAUAAAUUUUACCUUGAAGAAACA